CCGCAGGACCCGCCGUCGCGCCGUCCCCGCCAUGAACUGCCGUGCGGAGGUGCUGGAGGUGUCGGUGGAGGGUCGGCAGGUGGAGGAGGCCAUGCUGGCCGUGCUCCACACCGUCCUGCUGCACCGCAGCACCGGCAAGUUCCACUACAAGAAGGAGGGCACCUACUCCAUCGGCACCGUGGGCACCCAGGACGUGGACUGUGACUUCAUCGACUUCGCCUACGUCCGCGUCUCCUCUGAGGAGCUGGACCGGGCCCUCCGCAAGGCCGUCGGGGAGUUCAAGGACGCGCUGCGCAACUCGGGCAGCGACGGGAUGGGGCAGAUCUCGCUGGAGUUCUACCAGAAGAAGAAGUCACGCUGGCCCUUCUCGGAUGAGUGCAUCCCCUGGGAGCUGUGGACCAUCAAGGUGAACGUGGUGAACCUGGCUAAUGAGCAGGAGCGGCAGAUCUGCCGGGAGAAAGUGGGUGAGAAACUCUGCGAAAAGAUCAUCAACAUCGUAGAGGUGAUGAACCGCCACGAGUACCUGCCCAAGAUGCCCACCCAGUCGGAGGUGGACAAUGUCUUUGACACCAGCCUGAAGGAUGUGCAGCCCUACCUGUACAAGAUCUCCUACCAGAUCACGGACUCCCUGGGCACCUCGGUCACCACCACCAUGGGCCGGCCCCGUAUCAUGAAGUGCACGGUGCGUCUGUAGGGCCAGGUGCCGCCGAGGCGGGUUCACCCUGUGUGGUGGCACCUCUCCGGCACAGCCCCGGGCUCUUUGGGACAGCAUCUCUGCUUGGAUCCUUCCUCUCCACCUCCAAAAAGCCUCUGCGGAGAGCUGAACUCAGCCUGGCC